AUGCUCAAGGGUAUCUGGCCCGGCGGGCCCGCCGAUCAGAUCACACCCAAAGCGUCGUCCAAUAAAGCUGAAGAGCGCAACCCGUUCGACGCCCUCACCAGCGGCUCUAGCGCUCCUCCCAACAGCACAAUGUCCGCACCAGGUGCGCCUGCUGAUCGGCUGUCUCACUCCAGAAACAACAGCGGCGGGCCGGGUCUGGGCGCUGGAUUGAAUCAGGGCAUCCCGUUCAACAGCUUGAACCACGCUGACCCCCUCACACCUGGCAUGAGAACACCUGGCGGGGUGACGAGCCAUGCCAGCAUUCCCACCACGAGCAUCAGUACCAGCGUGCCCGACUUUUCCAUGAAGCUGCCGCCAGCCAAGGCGAAGAACGAUGCUGCGUCGCACACCACCUCUUCGGGAACGACGCGCAACACUUCUGCGCCUAGAGGCUACCUCACAGUCAAGCUGGUAUCCGCACGCAACCUCAUAGUCGGCUCGCCCUCCUCCAAACCCUACGCAGUCGUCUCGUUUGAGCAAAACGAAUUUAUCGGUAGGGAGCCAAUCGAUGAGUCGGCGGAACCCGAAGCAAAGGGCAAGGCGAUUCCCGUUGCCCAAGCGGACCCGAGCGGCUCGAGAGCGAGAGCAAAGACUGUGGUUCCGCAAGACGCAAAGACUGGCGGUGCUGCUACCGCUGCUACUGCCAUGGCUGUGGAUCAGGGCGGCGCGAGCGCAGCCAGCACCUCGGAGAUCGAAGGAAGAUUCACGCUGCAUCCCGUGUGGAGGCACGAGGUGACUUUUGACGUCACGCAUCCAGACAAGACGAUCUUUCUGAGCGUGUACGAUAGGCAAGCGGAGGAAGAAGGUUUCCUGGGCAUGAGGGAGAUUCUGCCUCGGUUCGUGCACGGCGCUGCGUCGGACCAGUGGUACUCUCUCAAAGCGCGCGAGGACGCAGAUGUUCCAGAAGAGGGGAGAGGAGAGGUCAGAGUGGAGCUCAAGUAUGAGAGAAUCUCCUCCAAGAAGCGUCUCACUCCGAGCGAUUUCGAGUACCUCAAGCUGAUCGGCAGGGGCACCUUUGGCAGAGUGUUUCAGGUGCGAAAGAAGGAUACGAAGCGCAUAUACGCCAUGAAGGUGCUGUCCAAGAGGGAGAUUGCGCUCAAAAAGGAAGUGACGCACACGAUGGGCGAGCGGCGCAUCUUGGAAAAGUCGCUGGAUUGCCCCUUUCUCGUGGGUCUCAAGUUCAGCUUCCAGUCAGAGUACGAGCUGUACUUUGUUACGGACUACAAGAGCGGAGGAGAAUUGUUCUGGCAUUUGCAGCGCGAAGGUCGAUUCACCGAAGAGCGAGCAAGGUUUUACAUUGCCGAGCUCGUUCUUGCGCUGGAACACUUGCACAAGUACGACAUUGUCUAUAGAGAUCUCAAGCCUGAAAACAUUCUCCUCGACGCUACGGGCCACGUCGCGCUGUGCGACUUUGGACUCUCCAAACCGGACCUGGGAGCGGGCCAAUUGACCAACACAUUUUGCGGCACCACCGAAUACCUCGCGCCAGAGGUCCUGCUUGAUGAAUCGGGCUACUCUAAGCUGGUCGACUUUUGGAGUCUUGGAGUGCUGCUGUUUGAAAUGUGCUGCGGGUGGAGUCCAUUUUACGCAGAGGAUACGCAGCAAAUGUACCGCAACAUUUGCUUUGGCAAGAUCAAGUUCCCGAGGGGCGCAAUUGGCGAUGAUGGAAAGCAAUUCGUCAAGGGGCUGCUCAAUCGGAAUCCCAAGCAUCGUCUGGGAGCUGGCAGGGAUGCGGCAGAUCUCAGAGCGCACGCUUUCUUCCGCGAGAUUGACUUUGAAGCGCUAUCCAAGAAGCAGCUCACGCCGCCGUUCAAGCCUCUUGUCGAGUCGGACGAGAGCGUGGCCAACUUUGACCCCGAAUUUACGGAGACGGACCUGAACGAAGUUGCGGUGAUUCCCGGCUUUGAAGGCGAUGCGGGCGAGGGGCGAGAGGCUCUGGAAAGUGGAGCGAUACUGAGCACGAGCGCUCAAGCGAGAAAGGAUGCCGGCAAGCAAGCCAACGGCGUUGCGAUCAAAAAGGCUGGCAAUGGGACCGCAGCGGAUGGCGAAGAGGAUGAUGCGCUGUCGAGGAGCGUGCAGGACAAGUUCAGAGGCUUUUCCUACUCUGGCACGUACGAUGGCAGCGUGGCCGGUAGCAUGGCCAGCAGCUUUGGAGGUCGCAGAGGUAGCGGAGGCUUUGGUCUUGCUGGUGCCAGUCUGGGCAUGAGCAAGAUGCAAGUAGACGACAAGGACGACGAGAGCAUCAUCGAUGAUGCCGCCAGCAAUGGCAGAUCGGCUCGAGAUGUGCAAAUGUCCACCUAG